AUGAGUUUAUAAUAUUAUCAUCGGCUGUGAAAAACAUCAAUGUUUGCCAUCAACAAUGAACGUUUGAAAAAAUUGUAAAAAACAUCGAUGCAUCGAUUUUGCCAUCGAUGUUUCUCCAUCUCUAGAGUGUCGUUAUCACAUUUCAUAAACAAACACACAUACAUUGGGUGUGUUUGUCAGUCGGUACAACAAAAAUAGCUAAGUAAAAGAUAUAUGAAAGACAAGUGAUAAGUGAGCAACAAGGGCAUUGGUUGCCGCACAGCAGCCACAUCACCAAAAAUCACAUCAGCAGCAGCAUCUUCAACAGACGACGCCGGCAAAAACAAGAAAGCUGCGCCAGAAAGAGACAGGGAGAAAAAAGGAGGAGACAAUAUGAGAGCUUUGAAGUAUAUGGGCUGGAUAACCGGCUGCUCGGUGUUCACCGCCUUCAUAUCGAUCAUCUGGCAGGCAUUUCUAUCGCUGCAGGCGCUUAACAAGACCACCGUGCUGCUCACCGGACUGCUAGCCAUCGAGAGCGAAGUGAAGAGAAGUGGUUUGGAGCCGGCGCCCAAAGUAGCCGUUGGCUAUGGCGCCUGCACCGAUUUGCAGAUUAAUGCCACAGAAUUUCUGGACACCUAUUACAGGCAGCGCAUGCCUAGCGUAAGUCCCGAUUUUGCGGCCAACGAGGUGAGCAACGAACACGAAUUGCUGCAAUCGUUUGUUUACUACUUCAAGAAUGGCGCAGCAGCCGAACGCGUUGUGGGCAACAGUACGCUGUUCAAGCAGCUGAUCAGCUACGCCAAACAGUUGGACAAGGAGCGUAUUCAUUGGUACAUGGGAGGCAAUGCUCCUUUAAUGGCUGUACGUUUUGUCAUGGAGGGAGCUGAUGUAUUGCUGGGUGCACAUAUGUCCAAGAAAUUACGUCCCUUGCUGCCCAAGGAGAUUAGUCUGGCAGGCGAUGAGAUUGAUGAGGAUGAUAUACAUCUGAUAUUAGAGUACAAGGCUGGCGAUCGUUGGGGACCAUACGAGGCGCCACGUGCCAACCGUUAUAUACUGCACAACGAUAAGAAUAAUCCGCAUCUGCGUUCAGUGGAGCAACUAACCGAUGCCCUUAAACAAUACCAUCCACAGCUGCUCGUUGUAAGCGGACUGCAAAUGAUGGACAUGUUCAAGUUCAGUCCGGGCGUGCGUGAGGCUCGCCUCAAUCAAGUGAAACAGCAGCUUAUUAACCAGCCCAGGGAUACGCUUCAGCAUUUCGAGUUUGCAAGCUAUGUGGAGUUGGAGCUGCUACAGAAGCUGCGUCAGUUGGUGCUUCCCUAUGUCGAUUCGCUGGGAAUGAACGAGCAGGAGCUGUCGAAUCUGCGUGAAGUGCAACAGCAUGGCAGCACCACACAAGCCACCGAUUGGAAUCCAAGACUUGCUCAUACGUUGGACCAGAUGCGUGAGGUGUUCAUCAGUCUGGCGGAGGAUUAUCACAGUCAGCGUCAGGCGGAUUCACAGCGUCGCCUAAUUUCACGCAUCCAUGUGCACACCUUGGCGUAUCAGGCUAUAUUGACCAUUGCCAACUCCAAGUGGAAGAAUACACGUGCUGCGGCUGCCAAAGCGGCUCUGACUGCCCAUCGUUAUGUCUGUAAAUCACAGUUUGUAAAUCCUGAGUCGGUGUUGCUGGUGCUGGAUGACAGUUUUGCCACCUCGGCCCAGAAGCAGGCGCCACGUAUGCGCAUGAGCGCUGCUAAUCCUGUGCCCUGCUGGCAAGAGUAUAUUCAAUUUGGACCGAGCAGGCAGCGCAUCGAGGUGGAGAUUUGUGUAGCACCUGUGCUAGUGUGUCGCGUAGCCAAGAAGACGGCGGGUGCUGGCGAUAAUAUAUCCGCGUCGGGAUUGGUUGCUCAACUUUAAAGUGGAUGGGGUGCUAAUGCAAUAGCCAUGACAACGAGCAUUAUUUUGAUAUACGGCAAAGACUGCUUAGUAUUUUAUAUAGAACGUUUGAAAGACAAACAAGACAAGACUUGAAUAGCAAACAACCCGCAAUUGAUCCCUGGACACGAUACAACCCAAAAUCCACUAUCUAUAAACAUUCCCUGUUGAAAUACUGUUGAGACGACAUUUAUACUCAGCUGUUUAGCACCUUAGUGACCUUAGAAACGCGUUACCUUCAGUACUACAUGAAUAACGGACGCUGGCACUGCUCACGUACUUAAUUCAUACGGAACGGAACAACGACAAGAGUUAGAGAUAGGCUCCAUGCCUUAGUACAUAUCUAGAGAUGAGUCCUUAUCGCAGUGACAAAAUUUAUUGAAAAUCGGGGAAUAACCCAGUUACGAAAAAAUCUUUAAAAGUAAGCAGUAGAGCAAGUUACUGACUGUUUCGGUUUCGACUUUGUAGUUUAUAUUCGCAAAUCUGAUCUAUUGAAUCUCUAACAAUUUACACACUGACUCACAAUUAUUUAAUGUGUUCAAAAUUAUUCCUGACAAGCAUAAUUAUGCUACAUAGUCUAAGUUUAUAAGUAUUUAGUUUUUUAUCCUACGUAUUGUAACGAUGUCAACAUUCCUACUUACAAUUUGUUUUGCGCACUUGGUUUUAAGCUACACAAAAAGACAAUGCAUACAUAUAUGUGUAAUAAAAAUUCCUGUUAAUAA